AAAAAACGAAUGCGCGCUAGUGUCUUACGGACGCUAGCGUCCGUUUUUGCGAUGAGAACGAUGAGAACGAGGCGUUCACGCUCUGUGUUAUAAGCGUAGGCUGCUAAAUCAUUCAUACCCUCGGCCAGGGCCAGCUCUUUCGUAUCGCCGAGAGGCAUACGUGCCCCCAACUAGCCUCCGCAGCACAAGGACAUUUUUUGCAGCCCGGACAACGCGGCGCGUAGUCAUUAGCAGUCCAGACCUGUAGAGCUGAGCAGUGCAGAGAUAAAAAGAAAAUGGAGCCCGACCUCGAGGGCUACGCGCAGCUCACGACGGACGACGAGGAAGUCUCGGACGAGGAGGACUCGAUCCACUCCGAGCCAUCAAUAGAAGAGGAGGAGCCCAAGAUCCUGCUCGAAGUAUUAUCGCCGGGCGGCGCGCGGCUCGUCUUCCUGCUGGUCUACGCGUGUUGCGCUAUUGCGAUAGCGCAGUACGCCCUGGCCGCGCGGGCGACGAAGGCCACGGCGACCGCCUUGUCGGGCCAGACCCUCGACGUGAUCAGUCAGGACGAUGCUACGAUCUGGCUCGCGCGCUUCCCCGCUUUAGGAGAUGUGCAGGGCAACGUGGCGCUGCGUGCCAUCUACCCGAACCAGACGGCCAUUCAUGAUUCAAACACCACCGUUGACGACGACGCCACUGUAGACGACGACGCCGUGGCCGCGUCCACGCUGCCGGUGACCUACGACAUCGACGUGUGGGCGACGCGCUCGCGGAACGCCGGUCUGGGCGACGCCAAGACCGUGGUACUACAAAGGAAUAGUGAGACGGCCUACAUGAACACCGCGGGAGACAAUGUUCUGGCGACGUCGACGAAGGUCGCGUCGUGGUACCAGCGCUCCGAGAGCGUGCCGUCGCGGUCGCGCGUCCACGGCUUCCUCGUGCAGCUCACGUACUGCGUACCCGCGAACGCUACCCAAAGGUGCGCGGCCGUCGACGACGCGACGCGGCGAACGCUCGCACGUGGCGGCGAUCUAACGUUAAAAUACCACGACCUCAAGCCGCUCACGACGCCGGCGCGGGCCGCGGCGCGCAUCUUGUUAUUGGUCUGGUGGGGCUUGUUAUUCACGGCGUGGGCGCCUUACAUACGCAGGGGCGGCGCUUUAUAUUUGUCGCUCCUACUUGUUGGUCUCUUGUUCUUCGCGGACCCCGUGGAUUGUGUGGUCGAGGCGCUGCCGCGUUCUACGAAGAUCCCGCCGCUGGUCGCGUUCUGCUCCCGCGUUGGUCGAAGACUGGGCGAGGCGACGUUGUUAGCAGCUCUGCUGUUGGCCGCGGACGCCGACGGCCGCGCGGCGCGUUCGUUAGAUCCGCUCUGGCGGAGCGGCCGGCCCUACUAUCUGCUGGCGCCCGUGGUCUACGGCUUCUGCGGCGUCUGGGCCGUCUUCCUGCAGUUUCCGACGCUCUGGGGGUCCGAUCGACCACCGACGCUCGCGCUCGUUUCGUGGCCGGCCGGUUCGCUCCGGGCCUUCGCGGCGGCGGCGCUGGGCGCCGUCGCUUCGGGCCUGGCCUGGGGCGUGCUGUUCAUAUGUCUCAUCGUGCGGGCGGGCCGGCGCCUCGCGGCCGCGCCGUACGCGAGGACGCGGAGGCACCAGCUGGCCUUCCGCUUCUUCGCGCUGCAGGCGUCGUUGGUGGCGCUGUUCGUCGCGGCGUCCUUCGUGAUUGGGUUCGUGGAUUUGUGGCGCGAUUACAGAUCCGACUUCAUGGCUUUCGUGAAACAUGGAGACGCUCGUGCGGUCAAGGACCUCGCUGGUGCCUUGGAAGCCCUUGUCACGGACGAUGUAAGGGAUUUAGCUGAGGCUUAUUGUUUUGCGGUCUACGUGGCACUCUUGCUUUAUGUGAAUCUGCCGCCGCCGCAGAACAACGACCUCCUCACUAGUCGUGAGGUCGUACGCGACGAGCGCGACGACAAACGUCGCAGACGGCGCCGGCCGCACGCGCGCCCGGCCUUCGUCGUCGAGACGGCGCGGUGGCUGGCAGAGGUCUCCGACGCGACCUACGGCGACGGGACGAGGGACCUCGAGUGCGGCAUGGUGAACGUGACGCGGCUGGCGCACGACGACACGCGCGGCCUCGUGGCCCUACGGGCGCGGGACCCGUCGCACGUGGUCGUGGCCUUCCGGGGAACUGCGUCCGCGUCGCAAAUUUCGACGAACGCCGACGUGCGCCUGAAGCGCAUCGUGACACCCUCCGCUCCAGACGAGCCGCCGCCGCCGCCCGUUUUAAGAUCGGAGUCCUCGCUUGAAGACGACGACGAGCCCGCGGGAAACGGGCGCCUCGGCCUCGACCUGUUGGUGCGGACCGCCGCGGUCGCCGUGGAUGUGACUGCGCGCGGGGGAGACCUGCUACAGGACUUCGCGCGCGGGCUCCUCAACGCGUCCGGGGCCGUGGACGUGGCGCCAGGCCUCGCACAAACCGUAGAACCCUGCGUGCACAACGGCUUCUGGACUGCCUACGCGGGCGUGCGACCGCAAUUGGAACGGGCCUUGUCAGAGGCGCUCGCGACCAACGAAGUGAGGCGCGUCAGCUUCACGGGCCAUUCCUUAGGCGGCGCGCUGGCGCAGCUCGCGAGCGCGGACUUCGCGAGCGGCGCGCUCUGCCCGACGCACGGCCGGCGCGCCGACUGCGUCACGUUCGGGGCCCCACGCGUGGGCAACGCCGUCUGGGCGCGCGCGUUCUCCAAACUAGUUCCGGAGGCGUGGCGCGUCGUCUGCGACGGCGACGUCAUCGCGUUCCUGCGGGGCUGCGGCUACGUCCACGCGGGCGUCGAGGUCGUGGUCGACGCCUCGGCGCAGACGCCGGGAUAUGUGGUCGUCGACCCGACGCCCGUCGAGAAGAAGCUGCGCCUGGGCUGCGGCAAGUCGGUGGGAGCACACAAGCUUGCGGCCUACCGCAAGGGCCUCUGGGGCGCGGCGGGGUGUCGGGGAGACCCGCCCGCGCGACGAGCUCGGCAAUCUGAGUCUCCGGCGCCACCAGUUGCUGAACAUACCGUCUCCUGCUGCUGGCGGACGCGUGUCGACGUCGACGCGACGCCGCCCAUAUAAUCUUUGUCUCUGUUUUUCUACUUCUAAGUCCCAG